UUGUGGCUUUUUAAUUGUUAUGAAUUUUUCUGCAAAACAUGGCCCAAAUUAGGUCCCUCUGCCAACUUUUAUGUAUAUUGUUCGUUAAAGGUGGAAUAUUCAUACCCAAAACUAGACGGUAACGGUGAAGGUGGUUUACCCGAGGAGUGGACACAUUUGCCAUCAUUAGCAUUGCCUGAUGGGGCACAUAAUAACGAUAGUGGUAGUCUAAUUGGAGCUACAUGCGCUAUCUAUUUAGAUACCAUCUUCUUCAUCCUGCCGUCUAGAGAACAUUCAGGUGAAGCCAUCUUUGGAAUCUCAUGUUAUCGACAGAUUGCUGCUGAAGAACUUGUUGCAAAAACGAGUGAUGUUACGAGAAGCACCGUACAGAAGAGUGUAUGUGUGCUGUCACGAGCACCAUUGUUUGGAGCUUUGAGAGCCAAGCUUGAGGUCAUUACCCGAGCGUAUUUUGCAGAGAGGGACUUCGCGAAGGUUGAGGUGCUCUCGCAAAUGUACACGAAUUUGUGCGAAAUGUUCGAUAGCGAUGUCAUCGAUGAACAGGCAGCAAGCAUAGAUAUCUCCGUUCAAGAAUUAUUUCUUUGCUUUCGGCAUCGUGCCCUACUGCUUUUCAAGCUUCUUUUGCUAGAGAAGAAGGUACGAGAGAUUUUCCCUAGAUUUUUUGCGUCUCAUCUCUAUGUUGUUCAGGUUGUUUUCAACAUAUCCCCUGCACAACUUCUUGGAUCUACAAUGGUUGCUCUCGUAUCAUUAUACCCAAGUUCGUUUCAUCCGUAAUU